AUGGAAUUCUUUGCCACUUUUCCGUUGACAGGAGCCAAACGAAAGACCACAACUCUCACCAACGAACUGCAAAAGAAACCGAAAAUCUCUUAUUCUGCUGCGGCCUCUGAGAUUCAUGAUGACAACGACAAUGGGGGAGACGACGAAGCUGAAUACUACGAAGUAGUGGAAGAUGAAGAUGAAGAUGGAGAUGGAGAUGGACAAGAUGGAAAUGAAGACAAGCAGCAGCAUGAGGAGAACAAGAACGAAGAACAAAAUGAAAAAGUCAAAGAGUAUCCGGCUAAUCAACAAGCUUGUGCUCAUGACUUCGGUCGCGUAAAGCUCCACGACUUGCAAAUCAGAUCACUCAGAGACUGUUGUGCCCGUAUUCAAGAAUCUCACCGCGUCGAGCAGCAGGCCAGGAUGGACCUGCAGCUAACUGUUGAGGAGCUCAUGCGGACCAUUGAGGAACUUCGAGAGACUGUUCAAAACCAGGGGGAGAAGAACAAACGAAACGAAGAGGCCAUCAACGAAUGCAAUAGGAGACUUGGCGACCUAGAACAUGACAUGAGAAGCGCUGCAAAAAUCUUCGAAAUAAUUUGGAACAGGUUGCAAGAACGUAGAGUCGUGGCACUCAGAACCCAAUGA